AUGGCUCAAUGGGUGCAUGCGUUACUGACAUGCAGGGAUCUGCAACACCUGGUCGGCGAUCUCCCAUUGGAUUUCGCAAGGCCUGAAGCCGAUUGGUUAGUAGUCACCGGCGUGCUGGCAUGCGAAGGUGUUAAUGUCUGCAAGAAGUCCUCUCCCUUCCGCACGAACAAAGAGCUACACAAGACGUAUACAGAUUCUUCUUCGUACGGAGGUGCUUAUGUCUGCAAGAUGUCCUCUCCCGUCCGUACGAACAAAGAGUUAUGCAUGCGUACCAUUACUCACGACAACUCUGGUACCGUACCACGACAACAAAAUAUCCUCUCGCACGAGGAGAUGGCGGAGGGGAGCGAUAUCUCCGUCCACGCUUGGCGAGCCGGCACAGCAUUCGAAUUCUGGGAUCGUACGGUCGAUAUCGAACAACCCCUCGACCGAGUACAUAUGAAUACGUAUGUCGGUCAGCUCGUUACCGAAUAUCAAGGCAUCUUAACGCUCCGAGCACUCGUACGAGCAUACCAGGAAGACUUCGAGGGAUGGACUACGUACCAGUUCGAGUAUACAUCACGACCAUUCAAACGUGCGAUGCUUAAGACACUCGAACGAAAAGGGUAUCACUUCCCGAGCGGUCUCACCCAAAACGAAAAGCUCGUCUACCCAUUAGACAACAAGGAGGCUGUCAGAGCACCUUAA